CGAAGUUAAGGGAGGUCGCCUCAGCUUUUUUCUUUGUCUUCCUCCCGCAGAACUCUCCCAAUGAACCACCCACCGAAAACCACGCUCUUCGCCCUUCUUCCCACGCCCAAGAAAAGAAAAAAAAGAAGAGAGAAAAUGGUAAUCAUUAGAGUUCUUCAUCAUCAUCAUCAUUAAUUAAUAAUUGUGGUUUCAUUGAUUGGCCCUUCUUCCCCAACGAGCCCCCAAGCUUCCUGAAUUGCCCAAUCACCAUAUUUCCAGAUAUGCAAAUGACAAGCUGUAGUUUGUCAUUAUGAAUUGUGAUGAUUUUGGUAGACUCAACACUUCAAAUGGUGUCACUUGUGACCCUCCAUCAAGUAGUAGCAGUGAGCUUGAAGUAAAACGAAGAAAAAAUGUAGUGCAAUGGCUGAAAAGUGUUCUCCCCCAUUUGAGUUUGCCCAUAAACACAUCAGAAGAGGAACUACGAGCAGUCUUACUCGAUGGUAGCGUCUUGUGCCAACUACUUGAUAAGUUGAAACCAGAAUCACUUUUUACCGAGGCAAGAGAUUCUGUUAAUUCUUCCUGCACGUACUCAGAAAAUGUUAGAAGAUUUUUAUCUGCCUUGGAGAAAAUGGGCUUGCCCCGCUUUCAGGCAUUAGACCUAGAACAUGGAUCCAUGAAAGCUGUGCUUGAUUGCCUUAUAGCACUUCAAACACAAUUUAGGAUGCAAAAUGGGGCAUCUGAACUAUCUGAAAAUGCUAUUAUGAUAAAAUCAAAAUCAAUGGUGGAGCAUUAUGGAUGUGAUGAUGGUGAAAGAGAAGAAUCGUCUAAACUUCGUCCCUUUUCAUCUUUAAGAGAAGAUAGACCAAAAUUAGAGUCAAAAUCGGAACGUGCUUUACGUAGUCCUGUUCUGGCAGAAGCUGCACUGAUACAUCACAUUGGGCACAAGUUCCAUGAAGUGUUUCAGCUUAAACAAGGAAGUUAUGCUGAUCUUCCCGACUCAAAGAUUUCCGAAAUGACGAAGUCAAACAGUUUGGAUAAUGCUCCAACACAGUCGCUUUUAACGGUUGCAAAGGGAAUCAUAGAUGAAAGCAUUGGACGGAAGAAUGGAGAAAUUCCUCAUCGUGUAGUAUGCUUGUUGAGAAAAGUGGUGCAAGAGAUAGAAAGACGAAUAUCAACACAAGCAGAACACUUGAGAAUGCAAAACAACCUCUUCAAAGCUCGGGAGGAGAAGUAUCAGUCGAGGAUAAGAGUUCUAGAGGCUCUUGCAACAGGUACUAGUGAAGAGACACAGAUUGUCAUGAAUCAACUGCAACAACUUAAGAUUGAAAGGACGAAGAUGGAGGUGAAAAAGAAAAGUGAGGAACAUGACGUGUGUAGAUUAAUGAAGGGAAAAGAUGAUACAAUCGAAGAGAUCACAGCUUUGAAGCAAGAACUGGAAACUGCUCGCGAAACUUACGAACAUGACACCCGAAGAUCUCAACAAGAGAUUUCAGCUUUGAAGCAGCAACUUAAAGAUGCUCAAGAAACUUAUGAGCAAUUCUGCUCACAAGUGGAACAUGAUUGUAGAGGACAUCAAGAGGAGAUUUCAUCUUUGAAGCAAGAACUUGAAACCGCUCGAGAAACUUAUAAACAGCAGUGUUUAAAAGUUGAAGACGAAGCUAGAGGAUCUCAAAAAGAGAUUGAAGCUUUGAAGAAAGAAUGUGAAAUGGUUCAGAAAACUUAUGAACAGCAUUGCUCACAAAUGGAGAAAGAGGCUAAAGGGUCUCGAAUUGAGUUGGAAGAUAAAUUGAAGGAAGCCACGGGGCUUUUAACAGAAACAAGAAAUAGAUUGAAGGAAGUUGAAACACUUUUAGAAUCAAAAUCCCUUCAGUGGAAGAAGACACAGAACAUCUAUGAAAUAUUGACUCAAUUCCAUCUUGGUGCACUACGUGAGCUAAAGUUUUCAUCACAGUCAAUAAGGCAAGAAGUUGUGAAAACACAGAAGAUCUCUGCAGAUGAAUUCAAUUGCUUAGGCAAGAAGACCAAAGCAUUGGAAGAUGCAGCUGCAAACUAUCAUGCAGUUCUCGAUGAAAACAAAAAACUACACAAUGAAGUCCAGGAGUUAAAAGGUAAUAUAAGAGUAUAUUGCCGAGUUAGGCCAUUUCUUCCUGGACAGAAGGACAAACAUACGAUUGUUGAUUACGUUGGUGACAAUGGGGAGCUGAUUGUCAUGAAUCCCUUAAAACAAGGAAGAGAAGGGCGUCGUUCAUUCAGGUUCAAUAAGGUCUAUGCUCCUGUUGCAACACAAGCUCAAGUAUUUUCGGAUAUAAAGCCAUUGAUACGAUCAGUUUUGGAUGGUUAUAGUGUGUGCAUAUUUGCAUAUGGCCAAACAGGCUCGGGAAAAACUUACACAAUGACUGGCCCUGAUCAAGCAACUGAAGAGGAAUGGGGUGUUAACUACCGAGCUUUAAAUGACCUCUUUCAGAUUUCACAAAAGAGAGGGAAUGCCACUGCAUAUCAAAUAUCAGUUCAAAUGGUAGAAAUAUAUAAUGAACAAAUUCGCGACUUACUCUCAACCGAUGGCUCUCAAAAAAGAUAUCCUUAAAUACGUUGUCUUUUCAUGAUUUACAAAGAUAAAGUUUAUUUUUUUUACUUUUCAUGACAUUUGUGCUUUCUGUUCCUUGGGUCUAGUUGCUACUAUCGGCAUGUGUGUUUCUUGUCUCUGUGCUCUUACUUUACU